AUGCUUUUCCCGGAAGAAGAUGGACCACCGGGCAGCGUCCCCGCGGCGGCCAGCACUGAACCCGAGAAAACGCCAGGAGCCGAGAGGCGCGGGAAGACACGCAGAAAGGGUAGCGGUAAGGGACGCAACCCGUUGCGUGUGGUACAGUCAGCUGGUGUCGUGAAAGCUAAGCACUUUGAUGGGGCUAAUUCCCACUCGCAGGUGGAUGCCGCUCCUGCCGCUUGCACCACUGUCCCUCCGCUGGCGAGCAGGCAGCAAGGGUGUAAUAAGGCGCCAUUCCCCACGGGCAGUGACGGGCUGGUCGCGGACAGCAGUGCCUCGCAACAGCACGGGUGCCGGGAUGAGCCGAAACGGGAACUGCCCACCCCACCGCCUCCAACGGGCAAUUCGUCCCGUACCAUUGCAAAACACGAUGAGUCUGCUUGCAGUGGAGCACACGGGCUUGGCGAGGCUGCGCGCCACGAGACAACGCCGGACGGAAGUCGUGCUGAGGGCGCUCUUACAGUGGCAAUGCAUGCCGUUAGUUCCAGGAGGGAGGAGCCGUGUGAGUGCCGUUGUGGAGAAACAGAGAAGGUUUUGAACGGCUCUGAGAGCACCGGACUCAACGGUGCAUCUCUAGACGCCCAAGUAGCACCCCCCGAGCCGUCGCCCCGCCUUGAUGUGCCGCCGUCCCCUGCUGUGUACUCGCCACACCUGAAGGAUGCUUCCUCUCACAGUGGCCGAGUAUACAGUUUCUCUCUGCGCUGCUGGGUGUUGUGUCCCCUUGUGGCGAUUCUGGUGGCGGUUAGCAUUAUGACGAUGAUACUGUCCAUUGCAGCUGCACGGACAAGCUCAAGAGUUGCCUUAGCUACUUUGCAUAGCGUGAUUUUUGCUAAUAUGGAGACGGCCGUGGGUCGCAUGACGCUCUCCAAGAUGGUGCGCAUGGCGACUUCAACAGGCAGCAUGUACUUCUCCAAUAACACCUUCCCGAAUCCCGUAACGGACAAGCUGAUGCCGCUGGAGAAUGGCAUGAU